AUGUAUCUCCAGUUCUACACGAACGAGAACGGUGAGAAGGUUUACACCACCAAGAAGGAAUCCCCUCUCGGUGUGCCGACGCAGUCUGCCCACCCAGCUCGUUUCUCCCCGGAUGACAAGUACGCACGUCAGCGUUACCUGUUGAAGAAGAGGUUUGGAUUGCUGCCAACCCAACAGCCCGCACAAAAGUACUGA